GGCAAAGAUGCGAUUACUGACAGUGACAGCGUCUCGCGAAUCGAAUGAUUCCCAUAGGGGGCCACAUCAAUUGCUCAUCCCCCUCGCCAUAAGCGCGAACACACGUCCUUUCCGUUCCCCAUCCACGGUAUCUAAUCCGCCGCCAUGCCCUCCCCGCGCGAAGAGCGUCGCGAGUCUCAGGCUCCCUACUACCCUGUCUCCAGCGACCCCAACGCGCCAGAGACAGAGCCCCUGACCGGUCCCACAUCUGACGCCACAAACGACAACGGUGCGAUGGGUAACGAGGAACAAAUGUUCGUCAAACCUGAAGCGAGACGAGGAGACCAAACCGCCUUGAUUGCUGCUAUUGUGUCCGCAGGAGUGCUCGUUCUCUUUACGUGGGCAAUUGUCUUCUACAAUGACCCCAUCGCACUCGGCUGGUUCAGCUACCACCCCAUGCUCCAAACACUUGCGAUCUUCGCCUUCACUAUAGGCAUCCUCUCGCUCCAACCAACAUCCCAGCCGCGCACAAAAGCCGCAGGUCUAAAGCGUCACCAACUCGCCAUGAUCCUCGGCCUAAUCUCCAUCGUCCUCGGCACCUCCGCCAUGUUAUACACCAAAGCGUCCCACAACGCUCCCCAUUUCACCACCUGGCAUGGCCUCUUUGGCAUCAUUUCAUUCGUCUGGUUGAUCGCCCAGUUCAGCAUAGGCGCCGCGAGCGUCUGGUUCGAUGGCAAGCUUUUCGGUGGCGGGAUGCGGGCCAAACUCGUAUAUAAAUACCAUAGGCACGUUUUCGCUGAUCCAUCCCUCACUCUCGCUCGCCACGUCACCUUCUCCCUCGCUCUAGUCCAGAUUAUCACUAACCGCUCAAACCUGGGAUUAUAUAGGCUUUCGGGAUACAUCAUCAUCCCCCUCACGCUCCUCACCGUCAACUUUGCAGGCGCGUACGCGGACUGGGUCAUCGGUGGCAGCGCAUAUAUCGUUCGAUUAAUCGCAUACACCAUCGCGCCUGUCGUCUUGCUCGUAGCGCUCUACGUGCGCGUGAGACCCUCGAAGAUGAAGUUCUUCUGA